CUUGUCAGCCCCGGACCAGCCAGAAACUUUGCUCGGUUGUAUCUGUUAGAAAUGGACAGUAACGUGGGGCCACACAGGGACAAAGAUAGCACCAUGAUUUGUCUGCAAGCCUCACUCUGACUCCCUGGUUGCCAUGGAGACCAAGUUUGGAGACAGGCCACGUUCAGAUGCAUCGAUUCCCAGCCCCCAGAGUGAAGCUGUGGUUAAUGAGCUGCAGGGGUUGACUCUGCAACCCGGCCACAACCUGCUGCCGAUCACAAAGAGGAGGAGCAUUCUUCAGCUGAAGCUGCAGCAGAGGAGGACUAGAGAGGAACUUGUCAACCAGGGGAUCAUGCCGCCACUGAAAAGUUCCGCUGCCUUCCAUAAACAGAGGAGGAGCUUGGAACGAGCACGGACUGAGGACUAUCUCAAGCGAAAGAUCAGGAGCCGACCGGAGCGAUCUGAGCUGAUCAGGAUGCACAUCCUGGAGGAGACGUCAGCGGAGCCGUCACUGCAGGCCAAGCAGCUGCAGCUGAAGAAAGCUCGCCUCGCUGAUGAUUUGAACGAUAAGAUCUCCCACCGGCCGGGGCCCAUGGAGCUGAUCCACAAAAACAUCCUACCUGUUCACUCCAGUGGAUGUACACGAGUAAGACAGGUACACACAAGGCAAGGAGGACAUUGCAGUAGCCUGGAAAGCUUUUAUUUGCCCAGAUAUCAAUCCUUUCCUUUCUCCCUCUUCCCUCUCUCAGAGACGCAGUUUUCAAAGGCUUCAGGUGAUAUCUUGUCAGGCGAUGAGGACAGUAAUGACAGUCUGUCUCCAGAGCAGCCGGUCAGCCAGGAGUCUCCUCUGGACCUGGGAGCUCUGCCCUCUCCACCAGAGACACUGGCUGGGAGUGUCUCCUCUCCUACACAGGCCCUUCCUCCACCUCCUCAUCUCCCAUCACUCUCUGGAUCCUCCCCCUCACUGAAGCUGACCAAUGGCACAGCAACAUCUGCCCAGAGGAUGGAUGCUACCUCUCAGAUCAAGAGACAUAAGAAACUCAAGGACAACAAGCCAAAGAUCAAGAAGUUGAAGUAUCACCAGUACAUCCCUCCUGACCAGAAGGGAGAUAAAGAGCCUCCUCCCCAUCUGGACUCUUCUUAUGCCAAAAUCCUCCAGCAGCAGCAGCUCUUCCUUCAGCUCCAGAUCCUCAGUCAGCAACAGCAGCACUACAACUACCACACCAUCCUGCCUGCACCACCCAACAGAACUCAGACAGAUCAGCAACCAUCUUCCUCCUCCACCUCCACUUCCAUGACCACCACCUCCCCACCUCAACCAGUCACUGCCCCUUCUAACCAGAGCUGCCACAGCCGUCAGGGUUCCGCUCCUUUAGGUGGCACCAAACCAGUGUCUCUACCUCCAAACCUGGAUGAAAUGAAGGUCGCAGAGCUAAAGUCUGAGUUGAAGCUGCGUAACUUGCCGGUCUCCGGCACCAAAAACGACCUCAUUGAGAGGCUGAGGACAUACCAGGAGCUGAAUGGAGGCAGUGACACUACCUCCUCUCCACUAGCCGGGGGUCCCACAGGGCCAGGGACCGAAGGGGCAGGAAAACCUUUCAGAACUGCUGCAGCCACCACAUCAAAACAACAGCAUCAGUGCCAGCAGACGUCUUCUCUGACAGGUGAUGCAUGUAGCAGUGCCCCCCCACCUACAGCCACUCCUGAGCAGCUCACGACCUGUGUUGGCACAGCCUCAUCGCCACCUGCUUCCCUCACCCCGUCUGACCACUCACCACCCGCUAUGAGCCCAGAAGACAACAGCUUCAACAGCGACCUGUUGGGGGAAAUGGUAAGCUCACCUCCCACCCAGCUGGGCCUUCAGUCAGGCUCAGCUGCUCAGCUUCCACUGAACAUUAAAGAGGAGUCUCCAUGCUCCACCCCAGCACCGUGUCAGUUCUCUUUCACUCCAUCCUCUCUGCAGAAACAGUACCCAGUCACAUCAGCUGCCCACACCACUAGAACCACAACUCCACUAGUGACUGUUGAUAAAGACAAGAUGCUGCAGGAGAAAGAUAAGCAGAUACAGGAGCUGACCAGGAUGCUGAGACAGAAACAGAGGCUGGUGGAGGUGCUGAGGAUGCAGCUGGAGCAUGGAAAGAAAGGAGGACGAGUUCCAGAUCCAGUAGUUCUUGUAAGAGUGAAACAGGAACCUCCUGAUAAACCCAACUCCCCUCUACCAUCAUCUGUUCCAUGUGGGAUGGAUGUUACCAAGGUUAAUAUCAAACAGGAGGCCAUUGAAGCAGAGGAGGCUGUGUCUGAGACAACUGUGCAAUCACCCGACUUUCAUGGAUUUCCACAGUUUUCAAACCGAGCCCAUGAGGUGCAGGAGCAGAUUCUGAUGCACAGUAAGCCAGAGCAGAGAAAACAAGAGCAACAUGUGUGUCUCCAGCAGACCACUCUGCGGCUGGCUCAGCAACAGGCCAUACACGAACUCCUGCUCCAGCAGCAGCACAACAUUCAGAACCACAGUCAGACCCCGGAGAAUCAGCAGAACCUGCAGAAACGUUCUCAGCAGAGAAAGAAGAAACCUCAGAAGCAGCAGCAGAAGCAACAACUGGUGAAGUCACAACAAGGACAUCAACAGAUGCAGCUGAAGCAGCAGAUUCUACUGAAGCAACAGAAGUCACUGCUACAGCAGCAGAUUAAACAGCAUCAGCAGCAGACGAAACAACCACAGCAAAUCCAGAUACAGACCAAGAUACAUCUGAAGCAGCAACAGGUGCUAAUACAGCAGAAUCAGAAGGUGCAGCAGCAGCAGCAGCAGCAGCCACCACAGGUGUUGCAAGCAUACCCCAACAAGCAGCCGGGCUUGGCUCCCGUCUUCCCAUUGGAUCUCCUUAAGAGAGACUCCACCCCAGCCCUGGUCACUGACAGUCACGGUAACCACUUCCUGAUUGCACUGACCAGUCACAUCACUGGGAACCAAAAAAACAACACAGCAGAGGGAAAAGCAGCCAAUCACAUCAUGCUGCAGCGACUACAAUCUGCUCCAGCCACGCUCCCAGGCCGUGACCCCGUCCAGCCGCCUAGAGCCUACAACCAGUCCCAAGAGAGCAUUUGUAUGGACUUUCAGAAAGAACAAAACACAAAUGAGGUCGACUCGAGCCUGGAUGUCCUGUUCAGUCCUCUGUCUCCGGCUUCUGUUAAGACGACAGCCUCAUCGCCUGAUAACAAAGAUAGGGAGCAUGAAGCAGAUUUUAUUGACAUCAUUUUGCAGACAGGAGAAACGUCGACGGCCCUUAAACCAGCAGCAGUGGCAGACCCAUCCCCGGACCAUCUCUAUCCAGUCUCUGCCGCCUCUUCCCCUCCUCCCUCCACGCUCCACCUGUUGUCAUCUCCCCCCAUCCCAGCCAGCUGUCACACCACACAGCCGGCCCUCUUGGUGCAGACCGAGCUUCUCACAGAAGAGAAACCGCACCUUAGUAGCACUGGGAGUGGACGUCUGGAGGACUUCCUGGAGAGCACUACUGGGAAGCCUCUCCUGGGGGUGGAGCCUGGAGGCCUGUUGACUUUGAUCGAUGACCUCCACAGCCAAAUGCUGUGCACCCCCAGCAUCCUGGACCAUCCCCCGUCACCCAUGGAUACACUUGACAGGGCAGCUGAGCCACAGCAGGGGCUGGACAGUAUGGAUUGGUUGGACCUCAGCAUGGGAGGAGAGAGAGGUGAGGAAACACCCACAAUGGGCCCCCAGUCACCCCCUGGUGUUUUUUCCACAGACUUCCUGGACAGUUAUGACCUACAGAUUCCCUGGGACUCCUGCCUGUAGCCCAAGGCACUUACACAGUUACACACAUGCACAAAAACAUGGACUUGAACACUGAGGCUUCAGUAUUCGAUCUGAGCACCCUCCCUGUUCCUGCUCACACACUGGUGUGUUGUCUCUUCCAGCACUUUGAUCUAUAUUUACUUUAUUGACACACUGCAGUGUUGGCUUUUGUGCAGACAUUAGGCUGGUCCUAAAUCUAUUCUUCUUUCUUUCACAACAGUUUUGUCAACACAUGAGGAGCCGCUAUGGAUCCAGUAGAAUGUACAGAACCUGUUGCUCACAUAGAAAUUUACCUAAUCUUCUCUUUGUCACAGACUCUGUGGUUCUGUGGAAAGUAUAUUGGUUCAUUUGACCUUUGUCCAGUUGGAAUGUAAACUCCUCCUCAGUUGCCUUUUGUAGUAAACAUAAUACUUUACCACUGCAGGAUAAAGGUAUUAGUAAUCAAGGUGACCGGUAAACACAUGCAUUGGUUUUCUAGCAACAGAAUAGUUCAUAGGGUCAAGUAGAGCUGUUUGCAGACAAGCCAUAAUUUUGAAAUAUAUUGUAAUUUGUUUAUAACAUGUUUUUGUUGUCAUUUGACGCUUUAGUCCUGAAAACUACCAUCCUGCAGCUUCUGUUUGCACUUAAAGGGUAAAUGCACACAUAGUAUAAAAGGAAGCAGCAUUAGAUUUCUGACACAUGACAGAUGAGAUGAGAUGCCGUCUUCAUGAGGACUUUUGUAAUAAUGUUGUUUGUAACAGUGAGACUGUCAUGUACUGUAUCAGUACUUUUGCCAAUACAGUAGGAAGGACAUUUUAUUUCCUCUUUCACUUUGAGAUUUUACAGUUUCCUAACAGAAAUGUAUUAUAGAUUUGUAUCGUUUUUCCUGUGCAACACUCCGGUCAUACAGGUUUGCAUGUACUGUGA